CGCUGUUGGUGGAGCUACGGCUUAUAAACGGUUGUUUGGUGGAAACCAGAUCGAUGUCGGAAGAAACUAUGGCGGAAGUGGAAGUACAGCAGGACACAGAGGAAACGCAAAUUAUACAACUAGGGAACGAAGAACCGUCUCAGAAAAAGCGAACCAAGGUGAGGAGAGAGAGAACGAGAGGUUCAGAGAAGUCUACGAUGGAGGACAGUGGACUAGUCCAGAAAGCGAGGACCGGUGGUGUAGCAGGCACCAUGGAACGAGUGGCAGUAGCCGCCUGCAGAGCGGAAGGCAGGGCGUUGGCGCGCGCUGGAAGGGCGGAAGGCAGGGCCGCGGCUGCUGCGGGAAGGGCUGAAGGGAAGGCGGCGGCAGUGGCGGGAAGGGCUGAAGGGCGCGCGGCCGCCUCCGCCGGCAAGGCGGCAGCGCGCGCCGCGGUGGCAGCGGCCAGGGCGCAGAGCAAGGCGCUGCUCGCAACCAGCAAGGCCAAUGCUGCACUCAUCGUAGAGAAGGCAAAGGCGCUAAAGCUGUCGCCGUCUCAAAAAGAAGCGAAGGCGUCGAGGCUGUCGCCGUCUCAAAAAGAAGCAGAGACGUCGAAGCUGUCGCCGUCGCCGAAGGCCACCUCGCAGCACUGCAAGGCUGCUGGCGCCCGGGAACGGCGUGCUGCUUGCGGCAGGAAGCGUACGUCCAGGAGACGACGCAGAGAUUCUUCAUGCAGUGACUGCUGUUCAACCUGCUCUGAAGACAGUUCCUCUGAUGAAAGCCAUUCUGAUAGCUGUAGCACCUGCAGUGACUAUGAUACAGGCAGUGACGGAAGUUCCAGUGACACUUCCUGCUCAUGCUCAGACUGCUACAAUGAAGAGGACUGGACACCUGGCAACAGCCCACUGAAGCAAAAGAAAAAAUAAUUUCAAGAGUGUAUAUAAUAUAGUUGGCAUCUUGACUGAUAUUUAUUCAUAAAUUUUCAUUUUAAGGUUGGCUUUUAAGGGUAAUUUUUUAAAGUUGAAGUGUGAAGAAAUUUUAACUGAAAUUUUUAAACUGUAUUUUCCAAAACUCUUAUGGUGCAAAAUUCUAAAAGUAACAACAAU